UCUAACCUGCCACCAUCCUACAUACAACUCUCCGCCAUCGACCACUACAAGCGCAAGCCCUCGCCAUGGCUGCAAACACCAAGUACCAGCCCGCUCCUCAGCGCGACUCUUUCGAAGAGCCUGGAUACUCGCAGGCGCCACCUUCGUACGACGCAGAGGCCUCAACUCAAGCAGCCUUGCUAGGAGGAGUCCCCCGCAGCGAGGACGACAACAUCCCCGAUGACUUCAAGUUCGGUGGGGUCGUCUCAGAGGCAACUCUCGAUAUCCGCAUGGCCUUUAUCCGCAAAGUCUACGCCAUCCUGACCGUCCAACUGCUCGUCACGGCCGCCGUCAGCUCCGUUUCGUACUUCAACAAGGGAUACAAGCAGUGGAUCCAGUCGACACCAUGGAUGAUGUGGGUGUCGCUCAUCGGAGCCAUCGUCUUCAUGGGCCUCACAUUCUGGAAGCGCAAGUCGUACCCCACCAACCUGCUCUUCCUCGGCGGCUUCACCAUCCUGGAGGCAUACUCGGUCUCGGUCAUCGUGUCCUUCACAGACACCAUCAUAGUGCUCGAAGCGCUUAUUUUCACCCUUGGGAUAUUCGUUGCGCUAAGUCUCUUUGCCUGCCAGACUAAGUACGACUUCACAAACUGGAUGCCAUACCUCUUCGGCGCGCUUUGGGUCCUGAUCCUGUUUGGCUUCAUGGCCAUGUGGUUCCCGUACAACAGCAAGGUCGAGCUAGGCUACGGAAUUAUCACGGCGCUCAUCUUCAGCGCCUACAUUCUCGUGGACACACAAUUGAUUAUGCGCCACUACCAUGUCGAGGAGGAGAUUGCGGCCGCCAUCUCGCUCUACCUCGAUAUCAUCAACUUGUUCCUCGCCAUUCUGCGGAUCCUCAACUCGCAGAACAACAACUAGGCGCGCAGACUUGGCAGCUGGAGUUCGAUGAUGUAUGCAUUUUUGGGAAGGGUUGUUUGGCUUAAAUUGAGCUGGCGCGUCGGAUGGGAAUGAGGCUUGUCCAUUGUUACUGUGUUCUGCGACCUUUAGGUGCGCGUUGUGCUUGUAUGAUAUCAAAAUGCACCUGUCCUUCCACGGACGAAAUCUCAAUUUCGG